AUGGAAUGCGGUGCUGCCGACUGUGUAACGACAUCCGGGGGGACUGUAUGGAUGGUUCGCUUCCAGUGGAAUGCAGGUCAUGGUGUGUAGAUUAUCUGACAAACAAACGCGUGGAAUCAAUCGAAGAAAGAAAAAAAGUUGCAGAUUGUCCAGACCUCGGCCCGCUUGAACAUGGAAACUACACAUAUGCUUCUAAUUAUCGUCACGGAACUACCGUUACGUUUACGUGUGAUGAGGGUCACCGGCUUUUCGGCGCCAGCACGUCAACAUGCGGGGAUUUCAAGACAUGGUCCGCCCCUUUGCCCGUGUGUGAAGUUACAGAUUGCCCAGACCUCGGCCCGCUUAAACAUGGAAACUACACAUAUGCUUCUAAUUAUCGUCACGGAACCACCAUUACGUUUACGUGUGAUGAGGGAUACCGGCCUUUCGGCGCCAACACGUCAACGUGCGGGGAUUUCAAGACAUGGUCCGCCCCUUUGCCCGUGUGUGAAGUUACAGAUUGUCCAGACCUCGGCCCGCUUGAACAUGGAAACUACACAUAUGCUUCUAAUUAUCGUCACGGAACUACCGUUACGUUUACGUGUGAUGAGGGUCACCGGCUUUUCGGCGCCAACACGUCAACAUGCGGGGAUUUCAAGACAUGGUCCGCCCCUUUGCCCGUGUGUGAAGUUACAGAUUGCCCAGACCUCGGCCCGCUUAAACAUGGAAACUACACAUAUGCUUCUAAUUAUCGUCACGGAACCACCAUUACGUUUACGUGUGAUGAGGGAUACCGGCCUUUCGGCGCCAACACGUCAACGUGCGGGGAUUUCAAGACAUGGUCCGCCCCUUUGCCCGUGUGUGAAGUUACAGAUUGUCCAGACCUCGGCCCGCUUGACCAUGGAAACUACACAUAUGCUUCUAACUAUCGUCACGGAACCACCAUUACGUUUACGUGUGAUGAGGGAUACCGGCCUUUCGGCGCCAACACGUCAACAUGCGGGGAUUUCAAGACAUGGUCCGCCCCUUUGCCCGUGUGUGAAGUUACAGAUUGUCCAGACCUCGGCCCGCUUGAACAUGGAAACUACACAUAUGCUUCUAAUUAUCGUCACGGAACCACCAUUACGUUUACGUGUGAUGAGGGAUACCGGCCUUUCGGCGCCAACACGUCAACAUGCGGGGAUUUCAAGACAUGGUCCGCCCCUUUGCCCGUGUGUGAAGUUACAGAUUGUCCAGACCUCGGCCCGCUUGGUCAUGGAAACUACACAUAUGCUUCUAAUUAUCGUCACGGAACCACCAUUACGUUUACGUGUGAUGAGGGACACCGGCUUUUCGGCGCUAACACGUCAACAUGCGGGGAUUUCAAGACAUGGUCCGCCCCUUUGCCCUUGUGUGAAGAGGUUGAAGUGUUCCAAACCAUCAGGUGGCAAGUUGCCACUUUCGUACUGGCAGCUUUCUUCGUUCUCAGUGUACCUUAUCUCCCGUCUGCGCAAACGACAGACUAGAAAGGAUGAGGAAAGUGCGCCCCAGGGUGGGGUCAAUUAUGUAGUUGAAAAGCAGGAAACUGAUACCAGGAGUAACUCUUUGAAAUCAAAUCGUAGCGAAGAUUCUGGAAUUGAGAGCAGCCGCGAAAGCCGAAUUGUUAGUGAAGAAAGAGGUGGUGCCACAGGAAAGGGCCUUGACACGCAGCGCGAUACCUUAUCUGGAAGAGACACACACGGACCUCUCAGCGGAGAAGCCGCAAGUGAACCAAACAUAGAUCAGAACGGCAGGAUAGGGAGUGCUCCUUCAAUGAAGCGCGCCGAAAGUGAACCCAAUAUGGAGUCCGACCCCCGCACAAGAAGUUUUCACACAGGCGAACGUCAUAUAGGCGAAAGUGACACAGGCAAAAGUGACAGAGGUAAAAGUUACACAGGCAAAAGUGACACAGGCGAACGUCACAAACGCAGACACGGCAACCCCGAUAGAUCACAAGGAGAUGGAGUGCCAUACACGUAUAUUGAUAAUUCAACGACCGUUAAAAGCGUGGCAUUCCACCUGAAUAGUAAUAAUGUCCGUGAAACAUUAAACUACAAAUCAGGUGAUAGAAAUUCUUCUUCGGCGUAUAAAUCUAACAACGACAGUAACAACGUCAAAAGCAACAACACCGAAAAUGAUAACGGCAACGUUGGACCUCGCAAAUCGAGUAAAUCGGAAACAGCGGCCGCUCCAAAUGACGCAUCUAGCUGCACAGGCCGAAACUCGCCACAAACCGGAAACGUUGACCUCGAUCGCGCCGCUAAAAAACAAUUUCAAGAAGAUGUUAAGUCUGGAACUCCGGAAACGAAUCUAACGACCGAUGGCAUCCAACCGGAAGAGCAAGGUGGGACGUUUGAAGUGAUCACCAAUGUUGAAGAUUCUUACCACGGGAUUUGCUCUCCUAGUGAGCUGAGUGUCUGGCUAAGCGACGCGAGAGCCGGCCUCGGCGAUAACGUUACGGAUCCUGACAAUUCCGAGAGGGACCCAUUGCUUACCAGAUAGCGGCGAUGGCAUUGUUUUACAAUUAUUUUCAAUCAACCAAAGUUGUGUGUAUUCGUUUAAUGUUAUUCUACUAGCAGUGCCAUAUUUGGUUCAUUUUUGAAAUACCAGUUUGCUGUGAUCGCCAUAUUAGUCAUGGAUACUCAUUUUUUUCAGCAAUUUAUAAGUUAUUGUUUUUUUCUCAUUUUUGAAAAAGGUUUGAUUGUUGAAACCUCAUUUUAGUCUACACAUUUUGCUCAAAGCCAGACUUCUAUUAAGAAUUUGAAACUGGAUGUAUAAACUUCAUGUGCAUCCAUAUUGGAAGUUUUUCACUGAAAUUUGGAAGUUUAAGUCUCCCGAAUACAAUAUUUUUGUUAAAAAUCAUAUAAAUUGAAACUAAAAAUUGCCAAAUUCACAGAUUUAGAUUAUAAUAAUGCAUUUUACUUUAAGAGUGAUUGAAAUUGUGACCAUAAAAGUAAUAUUGACACAAGGUUUUGAUAUUUUUUAACUUCCAAGCUUUCAACUUUGGAACUUUUCUAAAAAAAAAAUUUGGAAGUUUUUGUACUUCCAAGGUUAAGGGAUCAAUUUCGGAAGUUUUUACCAAUAUCUAGGGAGUAGUAUACUCCCAAACUUCCUUUAACGGAAGCCCUGCAAAGCUAUCUGUGAUCAAAAAUAUGUAAGUGAUAUUUUUGCUCAUUAUGUUCAACUCACAUUUUAAAUUAGCAUUUUUAGUUCGUGUUGUGUAAUUGUUUGUUUUGUUGUUUUUUAUUGUUUUACUUUUAUUAUUUAUUCCAUGGAACCAAAAUUCAUGUUUAGUCAGUCAAUGCCUGUACCCCUCAUUUGCUCGACAAUAAAUAUACACACUAUUAUAUACACACAUUUAUAUAUACAUUCGACACAGUUGAUGAUGAUGAUGAUGAUGAUGAUGAUGAUGAUGAUGAUGAUAAUGAUGAUGAUGAUGAUGAUAACUUAUAAUAUUUCCUACAUGACCAAUAAAGUCAGCCUUUAAAGUAUUUACAAACAUAACAGUUUAAGUCAUAUGACAUAAAUGUAGUAUUCGCUCGCGUAAACUUCAUUUAUCUUUCACAACGUUUUCACCGGUCCCUGGGAGUUCGAGCCAAGGGGGUUCAACCGUAUUUGGUUUGUUAUUUUUACGAAACUUUCCAAUAUUGAUCAUAUGCCUUAAUAAUUCAUUGGUGUAUUUUCAUUUGUUAAUUACUGAUCUAUCGAUCGAUUACAUAAUCAUGUGCAUUCACAAUAUUUGGUUUGUUAUUUGUGUAUAUUCUUCAAUGUACGCUACGAAACUUACCAAUACUCAUUGAUCGCCAUGCAUUUUAUGAACUCUUUAUAUUUCUGCAAUGAUUAUGGGUGAUUUUGACCUAAUUCAUUGAGUGUAUGUCAUGUGUUGGGUUUGAAAUCAGCGUCUCCUUUGUGACAUAUUAACAUGCCAGUUAGACAUAAUCACACGUAAGUUCAACAUGAUAAUAUGGUGGCUAGACAUAAUCAUACGUCGGUUUAACAUGAUAACAUGGUAGUUAGACAUAGUAACAUUUCAUUGAGACAUGAGACAUAAUAGCAUAGCGGCGUGAAGUUAGCGGCCUAGCGGCGUGAAGUUGAAUUGCUUGAACGACUUUUAGGAAAAUAUGUUGAUAAUUGCUUGAGAUUGAUAAUUUGUGCAUUAAAACAGUUAGUUUAUCAUUGUUUUAGAAGAAAACGCAUAUAAAAAUGCACUGAAUAGAAAACAAUUUAUGGCCGCUAUAUUAAUAUAUGAAUAAAAAACAUUGAUUUAUCAUUUAUAAAAAAAAAACCGCAUGAACAAUUGCUUUGAAAUAGGGAAAAAUUAGACCGCUAGGCCGCCAACUUCACGCCGCUAGACCGCUAACUUCACGCCGCUAGGCCUCUAAGCCGCUAACUUCACGCCGCUAGGCCACUAGGCCGCUAGGCCGCUAACUUCACGUACAUCGAUACAACUUGUUUCUGACUUGAUGGAUAACGUACACAAAAUGCUGUCUGUUUGGAUGUUAGUUGGUAAAGGCAUCAAUAUGAUUAAAACUCGUAUCUGUUUGAUGUAUAACUGACACAAAAUACUGUCUGUUUGGAUGUUAGUUGGUAAAGGCAUCAAUAUGAUUAAAACUCGUAUCUGUUUGAUGUAUAACUGACAAAAAAUACUGUCUGUUUGGAUGUUAAUUUGUAAAGACAUCAAUAUGAUUAAAACUCGUAUCUGUUUGAUGUAUAACUGAAAAAAAAUACUGUCUGUUUGGAUGUUAAUUUGUAAAGACAUCAAUAUGAUUAAAACUUGUUUCUAUCUUGAUUGUUGUUUUCGCGGAACUAGAAGUAAAUAAACCUGUGAGAAUAUC